UUAAUGGUCCGGAUUAGUGCAAUCUGUAAAAUAAUAACUAUGCGUUGCAGUGGUGACUUGAUAUAUAUAUAUAUUUUUGGUUUUAUUUUUAAUGUGUUGUGGAGAAUGAAAUGCAAAAACCUGAGGAGAUAUUGGAGACUACACCGUAGAUACUUUUCAGUCUUUGCCAAUGCCAGAUCUCAGAGCUCAAACCCAGAACUGGAAGACCUCGUUUAUGUAGGUACAACUGCUACUACCCAUGUCUCAAAUUUGCAUGGACUCGUGCAGUUAUGUGCAAGAACGAGAGCAAAAAUGGAAGGGAAGGCUUGCCAUGCACAGGUUAUUCGUGCUGGGUGGCAAGCAGACACUUUAACGUCAAACAUGCUAAUUAAUAUGUAUUCAAAAUGCGGUUUCGUUGAUUGUGCUCGUAAAGUGUUUGAUGAAAUGCCGGAACGAAGCUUGGUUUCGUGGAAUACGAUGAUUGGGUCGCUUUCUCAAAAUGGUGAGGAGCAGGAAGCUCUUGGUCUUUUUGUUGAGAUGCAAAGAGAAGGAACCCAAUGUAGUGAAUUCACAGUUUCGAGUGUUCUUUGUGCUUGUGCUGCAAAAUGUGCUGUGUGUGAGUGUAAACAGUUACAUGCUUUUGCUAUUAAAGCUGCGAUGGAGUCUAAUGUGUUUGUGGGAACCGCAUUGCUUGAUGUUUACGCCAAGUGCAGUUUGAUAAAGGAUGCAAGCUGGGUGUUUGAGUGCAUGCCAGAGAGGAGUGCCGUUACUUGGAGUUCAAUGGUGGCGGGGUAUGUGCAAAAUGGCCUUCAUGAAGAGGCUUUGGUGCUGUUUUGCCGAACUCAAAUGAUGGGGCUGGAGCAAAACCAGUUUAUGAUUUCUUCUGCUAUUUGUGCUUGUGCGGGCCUGGCAGCUCUGAUUGAAGGGAAGCAGCUGCAUGCUUUGUUAUGUAAAACUGGAUUUGGUUCAAAUAUGUAUAUUGUUUCGUCUUUAAUAGACAUGUAUGCCAAAUGUGGCUGCAUUCGAGAAGCUAACGUUGUGUUUCAAGGUGUGGAAGAGGGGAGCAUUGUUUUAUGGAAUGCAAUGAUUUCUGGGUUUGCUAGGCAUGCUCACUCCCUAGAGGCAAUGGUUUUAUUUGAGAAAAUGCAGCAGAUGGGUAUGUAUCCAAAUGAAGUAACAUAUGUUGCCAUCUUAUCUGCGUGUAGUCAUAUGGGUUUGGUUGAAAAAGGACGGAAAUAUUUCCAUCUUAUGAUAAGGGAGCACAGAGUGUCACCCAAUGUCUUUCACUAUUCAUGCAUGGUUGAUAUUUUUGGUAGGGCAGGGCUGAUUUGUGAAGCAUAUGACUUGAUAGAGAAGAUGCCAUUUGAUGCGACUGCUUCAAUGUGGGGUUCGCUCUUGGCUUCUUGUAGAGUCCAUGGAAAUCUUGAAUUGGCUGAGGUUGCAGCUAAGCAUUUGUUUGAGAUGGAACCUAAUAAUGCAGGAAAUCAUAUUUUGCUUUCAAACAUUUAUGCAGCGAACAGAAAGUGGGAAGAAGUUGCGAGAGCAAGGAAGCUUCUUAAGGAAAGUGAGGUGAAGAAGGAGAGGGGUAUGAGUUGGAUUGAAAUCAAGGACAAAGUUCAUUCAUUUAUGGUUGGAGAGAUAAAUCAUCCUAAAAUUGCUGAGAUUUACUUAAAGUUAGAUGAUUUGGUUAAAAAGUUGGAGAAGCUGGAUUACAAGGCUGAGACUGAACAUGACUUUCAUUAUGUGGAAGAGAGGAGAAAACAACUACUUUUGAGACACCACAGUGAGAAGCUUGCUCUUACUUUUGGGCUGAUGUGCUUACCUCAGAAUGUGCCUAUCAGGAUUAUGAAGAAUCUCAGAAUCUGUGGGGAUUGUCAUUCUUUUAUGAAGGUUACAUCAAAAUUUACAGGGAGGGAGAUCAUUGUUCGAGACACAAAUCGUUUUCACCAUUUUAAGAGUGGCUACUGUUCUUGUGGAGAUUUUUGGUGAAAUGCUGAUUAACUCACCAUCUUAUGUCUUAUGAUCUGUAUGACUGUCGGGGGUUUACACAUUUCGUCUGUUGCCUUGGAAUGGGCCCCAAGUGUUUGAAGCGAAGGUUCUGAAGAUCAAGUUUAGUGACCGUUAACCCAAUUUUCAGGAUGUCACAGAUGAACAUUUGGUCCACUACACUGGCUGGAGGCCUUGGUGAUGUUUUCACUUCCUUGGUGAUGUUUUCACUAGUCUAUCUCGUGCUGUUCAAGAUCUGAACCACAAUGUGGACAUUAUUCUUCCAAAGUAUGGCUGUUUGAAGGAUAAGAGAGGUUGUUUGAUAUCGAGACAAACGAAUGAUUUCCUUGGAGAAAGCUGUUCUAACAAUACUUUGCUUGAGCAAUCGGUUCUUGCAACAUUUAUCUGGUAAUCCUUUUUAGUUGCAAUACUUGGCACAUCAUCCAGCACUGGAGCAAGCAGCAGAAGGCAGGUGUGCUCACCUUUUUAUUCUCUAAAGACCCACAUGAUUGUCGGACUCUAUGGUCAAUUAUACAUAUCUCUUACUUAUUUGCUUCAUAGUUACCAGCAGCAUUCAAUGGAAAACUAAAAUUCUAUUGAAAUCCUAAAUUUCGACUAAAUUGUUGUGGUUGAACAUUAAAAGAAAAAAAUAAAAAGGGUAUAUAAGAGAGUGCAAUUAUUCUUCAAGGCCAAGCUCCCUUGUUAUAGCAGGCCUAUGUCAUCAGUAAAAGGGAAUGUAGUUAUUUAUGAAAGUUUAUAAUGAAGGUGAAUCAUUGCAUUAGGUUACCUCUAUGGUGUUCUUCCUUGAGCUUGUGAGUGCCAAUAAAGCAGGUUGGAGGCAUAGGACAGUAUUGGAAAUAGUUUUUGUCUAUUUUGUUGAGACAAAUUAUAGUUCUCAUCGUUUUUAUUUAUAUUGAUUACUGUAUUUAAAUCAAUCCUGUUUAUACUCUGUAUAGGUCAUGCUGGUUUAUGCAACAAAUACUCCAAUAUAUUGUCAGUAACUCAUUUAGGUAGAAAUAUGAAUCACAAUAUUGGUAAGGCUACACAGAAACUUUGUUUUGGCAAUGAACUUUCGGUUGUGGAAUGGUGAUUUUCAUUAAGUCUCCAAAGUGUGUUUGAUGAUGUCGGCUAAAAACUCAGGAAUAGAUAAGAAACAUUUAAAAAAAAAAAAUUUAAAACAUGAAGUUCUGUUCAUCCAGUAUGCAUGAAUUCACUGCAGAAGAAAUGGAUUCUAACUCUCCAUAUUCUCUUAACUGUGUAUGUAAGGGCUAUAAAUAACAUGUUUAAGUGUUCCUUGGAUCAAAUGGCAUCUCCUCCCUCCAUAAAUUUGGAGGUUGAGUCACAGACUCAAUGCCAUAUAGGUUAUUUAAACUUGGGGGAGGGAAGAGGACCAGAGGGCAGUAUUGAUCCUCACAUGGAGAGAGUUAUCUGUAGAAGUAAGGAAAUUUUUCUAUCAAAGAUAUUUUCUGUUUUGUAUUUAAUUUGAUGGUUAGUGGAACCAUAACUCUAAUGAAGAGAAAAGAUUUAUUGUAUCACAUCUUCUUCUAUCACACUGGCAUCUAUGAUAGAGGUUGUAACAGUUUCUUA